GCCAGGGAGCUGCAGACGCGGAGGCCGACGGAGCCGGAGUCGCGGACGCCGCGGGGUCUCCGGGACAGGAGCCCCCAGUGCUGUGUCCAGAUUCCGCAGGGGAGGUUUGCUGGGACUCAGGGCCCACCCUGCCAGUGGAAUGUCAGCCACACUGGAUCUGAAAUCGAAGGAGGAGAAGGAUGCUGAGUUGGACAAGAGGAUCGAGGCUCUUAGGCGGAAGAAUGAGGCCCUCAUCCGGCGCUACCAGGAGAUUGAGGAGGACCGGAAAAAAGCUGAAUUGGAGGGAGUAGCAGUGACAGCUCCCCGGAAGGGCCGCUCAGUGGAGAAGGAGAAUGUGGCAGUGGAAAUGGAGAAGAACCUGGGUCCCUCCCGGAGGUCUCCAGGGACCCCUCGGCCUCCAGGGGUCAGUAAGGGAGGCCGGAUCCCCCCUCAGCACGGAGGCCGGGCAGGCAUAGGCCGGACAUCCCGCAGCUGGGAAGACAGUCCCGGGGAGCAGCCUCGGGGAGGUGCUGGGGGCCGCGGCCGGAGGGGUCGGGGCAGGGGGUCCCCUCAUCUCUCUGGAGGUGGCGAUGCUUCGACUGCCGACCGCAAAUCCAAGGAGUGGGAGGAGCGGCGGAAGCAGAACAUUGAGAAGAUGAACGAGGAGAUGGAGAAGAUUGCGGAGUAUGAGCGCAACCAGCGGGAAGGUGUGCUGGAGCCCAACCCGGUGCGGAACUUCCUGGACGAUCCCCGGCGACGCAGUGGGCCCCUAGAGGAGCCUGAGCGGGACCGCCGGGAAGGCAGCCGCCGGCAUGGGCGCAACUGGGGGGGCCCUGACUUCGAGCGGGUGCGCUACGGCCUUGAGCAGGAGCGGCAGGGCCGCCGGGCCGGCCUGGGCGGCACCGGGGACAUGACGCUCUCCAUGACGGGCCGAGAGCGGUCGGAGUACCUGCGCUGGAAGCAGGAGCGGGAGAAGAUUGACCAGGAGCGCCUGCAGAGGCACCGCAAGCCCACCGGCCAGUGGCGGCGGGAGUGGGAUGCCGAGAAGACGGAUGGCAUGUUCAAGGAUGGCCCAGCUGUGGCCCCAGAACCAUCCCACCGCUAUGAUGACCAGGCUUGGGCCCGGCCCCCCAAGCCGCCCACUUUCAGGGAGUUCCUGUCCCAGCACAAAACUGAGGUCAGCCGCAGAAAGAAGAAGAGCAGCCGACCCCAGCCUAAGGCAGCCUCCCGUGCCUACAGUGACCACGAUGACCGCUGGGAGACGAAGGAGGCCGUGUCCGCAGCUCCUGAGCCCCCGCAACCUGCUCCCCCCAAGGAGGCGCCCACGCAGCUGCCUGAGACCCUGGCCCCUGCCCACCGGCCUCCUGAGGAUGAGGGCGAGGAGGGCGAGGGCGAGGAUGAGGGGGAGGACGGGGAGGAUGAGGAGUGGGAAGACGUGAGUGAGGAUGACGAGGAGAUAGAGGAAGAAGAGGAGGCUGAUGAGGAAGAAGAGCCAGCUGGAGAUCACCAACGCGAGGAGGCUGAGCCCAGCGGGAGCCCCAGCGGGAGCCCCACCAGGGAACACGGUGACGAAGAGCCCGCCAGGCCGGAAGAGCCCCUGCCGCUCCCCCAGGCCCCCGUCACGCCUUCCAGCCCCUUCUCGCCUCCCGGGGGCCAUCAGCCUGUGUCCAACUGGGGUGAAGAGAUGGAGCUGAAUUCUCCCCGGACUGCCCACCCAGCAGAUGCUGUCUCUCCGGGAGGUGACCAGCCAGCCCCUUCCUCCUUGGAGAGUGGGCCCAGCGCCCCAGGAACCCAGAAAGCUGAAGAGGAGGGGUCUGAGGCAGCUCCAGAGGCGGACCCCGAGGGCCAAGAGACGGCAGAGAUCGCCGACUUCCAGAGGGCCUCCCCGAAUUCCUGAAGACGCUGCUGGGAGGGGACUGACGCUUCCCCGCCUUGAUGGGGAGGGGGCGGCAGGAGGGGUUUAGUCUGGAUCUCCGAGCUGUGCUCUAUCCUCCCUGGAGCCCGCUUUGGACCCCAUGGCUUUAGAGAGGGAGAAAUUGAGGGUGGUGGGGGAGGAGAUGGGGAGGGGACGUGACUGGGGUGUGGGGCGGAGCUGGAACUUCAGGGUCUGAGCUUAGACCUGAGGACACAAAAUACGGAGGAAGAGGCGCGUCCAACGAAGGGCGUGGUUAGGAUGUUUGGGGUCCGCAUUCUAAUGGAGUUAAAAACAAGGAAAGGUGUUAGGAAGUGAGGUGGAACCACAGCGCAGAUUUAGAUGGGAAUCCCUAACGCCGGUGUGGGGCGCAGCCAGCGGCAGAGAGCUUGGUUUAGAAUGGGGUGCUCAAACUAGUGGAGUGAGGAGGAGAAAAGAAGCGGAAUCUGGAUUGAAGACAGAUGAGUGUAGGGGGAGAAGACGGAAUCGAAUGCUAAAGGCAAAUUACAACUGGGGCAGGACUUAAAAGGCCUGAGCUUGGCAAGGGAGCGGCGGAACUAGAUGCCGAGGAGAAGUCUGAGUUCCGAAAGGGGAUGGGUAGGGCGCGGGGAGGAGGAGAGAAGAAGAGAGCGGUGGUAACCUCCGGGGCGGGCAUAACACGGAAGCCUGGUAGGAGUCGGCUGGGCAGAGACCAGCAUUUGAGAAAAAGCGAGGUAUUCCAUGCUUGGGGCGGGGUCAGAACGCUGUGGUUAAGCCUUAGCUUGCUAGUGUUUGGCCGAAGGCCGGGGAGGGGGCGGGCCUAGAGCGCGGAAGAGGCCCGCCCAUUCGGGGGGCGGACCCACGCUGGCGGGGGCGUGGUAGGGCGGGGGAGA